CUUCUGAGCUAACAUAGUCAAGCGUGGUGUCUGGAAUGCGAGAUAGAUCAUCACCUUGUGAUUCACUAUAGCGUGGUUUCUAAAAUCUGUUUCAUUGCAUUUAUUUUGAAAAUCGUUUACAAACUACAAUGUUAAAUAUUGAUAUGUAUGCUGCUGUUCAGACUGCAAUUUCGCAAGAGAGUGAUAAAUCUCUGAAUGAAUUGAAAUUGCGUUUGAAUGAGGAAUAUUUUGGGGCGACUAAAAUGUCGAGAGAGGAAUUCUUAUUGCUUUUGAAAGACGAAACAUCAUUGAGCAGAGAGUUCUCAGCAGAAAUUUACAUCCCCAAAAUCGUGCGUAAGCAACACGAGGACAAAGGAAAUGUAUGCAUGGCUUUAAGAUCAGAAGUAUCUGGCAACUGUCUCUACAGUUCAGUGUCAUUGCUUUUGGCAGUUUUUUUUCCUAGCAAAACUAAAAGGACAAUUUCUGGUCCAACAUGCCCAGUGGCUUCAAAAAAAGCAAAAGCUGAAAAAAAGUCUGGGAAUAUCAAGUUAGAGCUGGUGAUCAAACUUUGGAAAAUCAUUUGCUCAAAUGUGGCAAGAAUAAAAGUUAUAUUUCCAAGACCAGCCAAAACAAAAUCAUCAACUGUAUUGAUGAAGCUGCUGAUUCUUCUCACAAAGAGCAAUUGUCCCUUGUUCUACGCUGCCAAUUUUAUCAACAUAUCACAGACACGCAACAUACCCUUUGCUGAGCACGUUAAAAAGUCAGAUGUUCAGACCAAGAAGGCAAAACUGGUACACUACCAAUCACCUCAUGUGAAUGUGAGAGAUCAAUUUCAGCACUGAGGAAUCUAAAAACCUACCAAAGGAGCACUAUGGUAGAGGAACGUUUAAAUGGCCUGGCUUUAAUGCGAAUUCACCCAGAAAUUAUUCCUGACAUAGAAAGAGUGAUCAAUAAGUUUGCUGAAGGUAAUACACGUUUGAAAUUUG